AUGGAUGGAUGGAUGGAUGGAUGGAUGGAUGGAUUCAUGGAUGGAUUCAUGGAUGGAUUCAUGGAUUCAUGGAUUGAUGGAUGGAGGGAUUCAUGGACAGCUCCAUGGAUGAAGAUCAUGAAUGGAUGGAUGGGAGGAAGGCAGGAAGGACAGAGAGAAGGAAGGACAGACAGACAGUCAGGGCAGCUCCAACACCAAACACACCCUGCCCCUCCUUCCCUCAUCCCUGGGUAACUCCGGAGCUCCUGGGAAUGCUCCAGCUGACGGAAACUCCUUUGGGAGAGCCCCAAAUCCCGAAUUUUGGGCCCCUCGUUCAGCACAUCCCCACUGCCCUUCCUGCUUUGCACUAUUCCCGUUCUCAGCAGUGGGGCCGCGCUGAUCGUGCUGGCAAAGCUGAAUUUCCCUUUUUUUUAAUUCUGAUUUGAUUUGAUUUGAUCAAUUUUUGAUUUAUUUUUCUCAAGAUUCGCACCGCCAGGUUUGUCCAAAAAAAGGAAAAAAAAAAGGAAAAAAGAAAAAAAAAAGGAAAAAAAAAAGAAAAAAAAAAAGAGGAAAUAAAAAACCCAAACUCUUUCUGCUCCCAGCCUGGAGCUCUGAACUGGGCAGAGCCGCUGGCUGCUCAGAAAUAGAAAUAUAUAUAAAAUAUAUAACGGGAUUUAUCUAUGGAGAGGUUUUAACGAGCUGAGGAAGCUGUUGGGGAUCCCCAUCCCUCGGGAUCCCCAUCCCCAAACCCCGCUCCGGCACAAUUCCCUUCUUGCACUUUGAAAUUCCUUUGGAUUUUUCUCUUCUUUUCCCCCCGCCCCGAGUUGGGUCGUUCCUCCCUCCCUUGGCACUUUCGGAGGUGUCACCCCAAAAUCCCCCUGGAGUGGGGACACCCCUGGAGUGGGGACACCCUGGUGUGGGGACACCCCUGGAUGGGGACCCCCCUGGCACGGGGACCCCCCAGGUCCCCCCCGCCCCCCUCCUCGGGCUCGGCAGUGACGGUGAGAGCGAAUCCAGUCCCGAAUUUGGGAUAAUUUUGGGAUUUUGGGGCUGUCCCCGUUCUGGUGCAGCCGCCGUCCUGCAGAUCCUCGGGAUUUGGGAAUUCCAGCUUUGGGCCAGCAGGGGGAUGGGCAGGGGGGGUCUGGCUCUGCUGGCUGGGGGUGGCCAGGAGUUGGGGUUUAUUUUUAUUUUACUUUAUUUUAUUUUAUUUUAUUUUAUUUUAUUUUAUUUUAUUUUAUUUUAUUUCUCACUUUUUGUCGCAAAUUCCAAAUCCUUGUGUUGCUUUUGGGAUCCCAAAUCCCUGCAGUGCUCCAGGAUCCCAAAUCCCUGCAGUGCUCCAGGAUCCCAAAUCCCUGCAGUGCUCCAGGAUCCCAAAUCCCUGCAGUGCUUCCCGCAGCCUCCAGCCCCAUUUGCAACCCCAAAGACCCCAAAGUUGUGCCCAAAUGCCCCAAUUCUUCCAAAAUCCAUCCCCGGGGGAUCCGGAGGGUGCGAGGAGCAGGGAGAGGGGGCUGGGAAGGCUGGGAAUGCUGCCUGGGAUCCAUCCCAGGGAAUUGAUCCCCCAGGACACCCAAAAUCCCUCUUGGGAUCGCCCCCGGUUUGGGGUCGGGGCUCAAAUCCCUGGAGAAGCCCCGGACACACGGAGGGGUCAGGGAGCAGCACUUAGGGGUGAAUCCAGAGGCUGGGAAUGCUGGAAUUGGCUCCUGUGGGAAUGGUUGGGAGCCGAGGCUUUGGAAGAGGAAGGAAAUCCGGGAUCUCUCCAGGAAUUCCCAGAGCUGGAUCCCUCCGGUUCUCCAAGAAUUCCCAGAGCUGGAUCCCUCCAGGAAUUCCCAGAGCUGGAUCCCUCUGGUUCUUUGGGAAUUCCCAGAGCUGGAUCCCUCCAGGAAUUCCCAGAGCUGGAUCCCUCUGGUUCUUUGGGAAUUCCCAGAGCUGGAUCCCUCUGGUUCUUUGGGAAUUCCCAGAGCUGGAUCCCUCCGGUUCUUUGGGAAUUCCCAGAGCUGGAUCCCUCCAGGAAUUCCCAGAGCUGGAUCCCUCUGGCUUUCCAAGAAUUCCCAGAGCUGGAUCCCUCUGGUUCUUUGGGAAUUCCCAGAGCUGGAUCCCUCCGGUUCUCCAGGAAUUCCCAGAGCUGGAUCCCUCUGGUUCUUUGGGAAUUCCCAGAGCUGGAUCCCUCCAGGAAUUCCCAGAGCUGGAUCCCUCCGGUUCUUUGGGAAUUUCCAGAGCUGGAUCCCACCAGGAAUUCCGGGAUGAGGAGCCCAGAGACAGAAAGCACUUACACCUCUCCCUGUAUCCAACCUCCCAAAAGCUCCCAAAUCCCGGGAAUCUCCACUUCCAGCCGCCCCAAAUCUCCCUUUGGCAGAGCUGGGAGGCUCCAGGUGAAUCCCUGUGGAUUUAAAAAAUCCCGGGAGAGCCGGGGGAAGGAAAAGGAAAAGGAAAAGCUAAAGAUGAUCCGUGUUUCAGUUGCACUGGGGUACUUUUCUUUACCCAUUUAGGAUCGUUGCAUGUGUCCUUUUAAUUUUAUUUUUAAUUAAUUUCAUCCGUUUUUAGGGUUGGUUUUUUUUUGCUUUUUUGUUUUUAAAUAUGAAAUGAAAGAGAAAAAUGUGUCUAUUUUUGGCAAUUUAAGGUAACGUAGCUAAGAUAUAUUUUUUUCACGCUGCUUGACCGGUCUUUAUUAUAAUAAAUGAUAUUAAUAUGAAUCUCGAGGAGGUUUUUAAUAAAGAUAAAAAUUUAAAGGGGAAUGGGAAUUCCCUGCCUUUGGAAUCCCAAGCCAGGGAUGGUCCCAGGAUGCAGGAGCGAGGCUCUGGAGGAGGGAAUGGGUGGGGAAAGGAGG